AGAGAGAAAAUUAAUCUCUAAACCAUUCUCACCACAUUCCACAGGUUUCAGUGCGCCUGCGUGCGGCUGAGAUAAAGAAAAGGGAGAGAACUCUGCCCUCCUCCCUUCGCACGUUUAAAGAAGAAGCAACACUGGUGCAUUCAGAGGCUGCAGGUAAGACAACAUGGAGCUGCAAAAGGGCACCCUAAAUCCGGCCUUCCAGGAUGUGGAAGAUGACAAGCAGAUAUCGGACAACAGCAUCACGGUCGAGCCAGAAGAAAAGGUGACGACAGAGCUCCCCGGGGAGAACUUGGAACCGAUGGAGGAGUACACCCAGAUCAAGCCGUACGCGGGCAUGCCCAAGGAGGUGCUGUUGCUCUACUCCUCCCAGGCCCGCUACAGAGUCCCGAGAGAGAUCCUGUUCUGGCUGACGGUGGCCUGCACACUGGUGCUGUUGGCUCUCACCAUCACCGUGGUGGCGCUGUCCCCGCGCUGCCUCAGCUGGUGGCAGGUGUCCCCCGUUUACCAGGUCUACACACGCUCCUUCAAGGACUCGGAUGGUGACGGCGUUGGAGACCUCAAAGGCAUUCAGGAGAAGCUGGGCCAUUUUGAGUACCUGAACAUCAAGUCUGUGUGCGUCGCCCCCUUCUACCGCUCCCCCAUGACAGACUUUGGCUACGACGUAGAAGAUUUCCGCGCCAUCGACCCUCUUUUCGGGACCAUGCGGGACUUUGAGGACCUUUUGGCUGAGAUGCAUAAAUUAGGUUUGAAGCUGAUUAUGGACUUCAUCCCCAAUCACACCAGCGACAAACACCGCUGGUUUAACCUGAGUCGCACCAGAGAUCCUCACUAUGAGGACUACUACAUCUGGACUGACUGCAAUGCAACAGGACCAAAGCCCAACAACUGGGUGAGCGUGUUUGGGAACUCAUCAUGGACGUAUGACGAAGUUCGAGGACAGUGUUACCUGCACCAGUUCCUUCAGGAGCAACCUGACCUGAACUUGAGAAACCCUCAUGUCCGCCAAGAGAUGCUAGAUAUCAUCAGUUUCUGGCUGGAGAAAGGGGUGGACGGCUUCCGAAUUGGUGCGGUGCAGCGUCUGCUGGAAGCCACACACCUGAGGGAUGAACCACAGGUUGAUCCAAACGGACCUCCUGAGUCCAUGACCUCCGAGUGGGACCUCCACCAUGACUACACCACCACACAGCUGGGCCUGCAUGACCUGCUGAGGGCGUGGAGGGCUCACAUGGAGGUCUACAGCCGUGAGCCUGGCAGAUACCGGUUGAUGGUGACAGAGUCCUACGAUGACCAGGAGGUGGACAAGACCAUGAUGUACUACGGGACGCCUUUGGUGAAAGAGAGCGACUUUCCCUUUAACUUCUACCUCAUGGAUCUGCCUCGCAACACCAGCGGCUUGUGGCUCAAACAUCUGGUCCACCUCUGGAUGGGAAACAUGCCGUCAGGGAAAUGGCCCAACUGGCUGGUAGGGAACCACGACAAGCCUCGCACUGCCUCCGCUGCAGGUCAGCGCUACAUUGGGGUCAUCAACAUGCUCCUGCUGACUCUCCCCGGCACGCCGUCCACCUACUAUGGCGAGGAGAUCGGCAUGGAGAACAUCAACAUGACAAAAAGUCAGAUUCAGGACCCUGCAGGCAGAUACAAUGCGAGUGCCAGUAGAGAUCCUCAGCGUUCUCCGAUGCAGUGGAGUUCUGGCGUCAAUGCGGGCUUCAACAACAAAACCAACGUGACGUGGUUGCCCGUGCAUCCUGACUACAGUAGCGUCAACGUGGAGGUCCAGAAGCAAGACCAAGGUUCGGUCUUGUCUCAGUACCGCCGCCUCAGCAUGUUGCGUCAGCUGGAGCUACCUCUUCAACGAGGCUGGUUCUGCUACGUCCACGCAGAUGAUAAUGUCUUCUCCUAUAUACGAGAACUGGACGGGCUGGACCGUGCAUUUCUCCUGGUGCUCAAUUUCGGCCGAGAGUCCGCCGCCACGGAUCUCUCCUCUGUCGCCGAGCUGCCCGAGCAGCUGAAUGUUCUGAUGAGCACCGACCGAGCCAACGACGGAAAAGUGAUGCAUAAAUCUCAGAUUCUGACCCAAGCUGGAGAGGGACUGAUGAUUCGGUUCUCCGCCCACACUCGGUUUAACACUAACCAUCCUGGACAGUGUUACAUCUCUGAGAAAGCCUGUUAUUUAAGUGUGGUGGACAUUCUCUAUACCUGCUAACAUGAAGGUAUCUUUCCAUCCAUCUUCUAAUGGAUCCCAUGACGUUGUUCCAUGUCUAAUUCAAUAAGAACGCAUUACUGCAUCCCCGUUUUGUCCUUGGGUUCUUCUCACUCAGUUUUAUCUCUUCCUCUGGCGUCUAGAAGAUCGAGGAGGAUCCAGGCGCAGCUCCUUGUAGAGAAACGCUAGCUUGAGGGCUUCCUGUUUUGGGGAGAACAGACAUUUACAGUAUCUGAGACGAGUGAGUAAAUGCCUCAUUUUAUAGCAUCUUGUCAAGGGCCAACCCUAUAGAACAGGGGUCUCAAACUCAAUUUACUUCGCUUUGGUUCCAAUUUUCUACAAGAAAAGCUCUGAUAAAACAUUCCACUGUUCUCAAAUAUCUACUUUUUAUUUUUCUACACAAAAUAAGAUGAAAAGUAAAUAAACAAAUCAAGAAUAAACAAAAUCAAUCAAUCUAUUAAAUAAAUAAAUAUAAUAAUAAAAGGGCAAAUAAUAAAAACUUAAAAAACCACAUAUAGUUGGUGGGUAGACAAAUUAUUUUUUUCAGAUUAAAAUGAACAAAGCAUUAUUAGAGCCCUGUAGACAUGACAAAACACGACUAUAGUCACAUUUAUACUCUUUUUAUUUACAACAUAUUGCGCAACUGCAGGGUCUUGAGACACAUGCUAACUCGCAAA